AACGCACAGGGAGAGGUGGUAGCGGAACCUUUCUCCUCCGCUUCGCUCUCGCUUCCUCCCGAACCCAGUUGGCGUCGGACCCAGUGGUGGACUCUUAUAAACAUGGAGACAGCAGGUGCUGAACAUGGGCCGCCGUCCUCAGGUCUCGAGGCUCCGGGUUCCACAGACGAUCGGCUUUUCCUGGUGAAAGGUGGAGUUUUCCUUGGUACUGUGGCUGCAGCAGGAAUGCUAGCGGGAUUUGUUACAACAUUAUCAUUGGCUAAAAAGAAAAGCCCUGAAUGGUUCCAUAAGGGAAGUAUGGCCACAGCCGCCUUACCAGAGAGCGGCUCUUCCCUUGCCUUGCGAGCCCUGGGCUGGGGCUCACUUUAUGCCUGGUGUGGGGUUGGUGUGAUCAGCUUCGCAGUCUGGAAAGCUUUAGGAGUUCACGGUAUGAAAGACUUUCGAAGUAAAAUGCAGUCAAUAUUUCCAGCAAUUCCCAAGAACUCAGAAUCGCCUCUUGAGUGGGAGGAAGCAUUGAAAUCCAAAUGAGAUGAGCAUGGUGGGGAAAGUCUAAAACAAACGUCAUGGAGAGGGUGGCUUUGGAGAUGUCACAGAAGCAAAGGGACUCCCCUGAUUUAUCAUCAGGGACAUGUGCAUUGCUGACCGAACCCACGGGACGGAUGGCGUUCAGUGCUGCACAGGAGGCCUAUAGUCUGUGCGCUUUACUUUAAAAUUGGGGUGUGGGUGUGUGUGGGUGUGCGUGAAGGUUUUCCCAAAAUUAGGAAGAUUCUUGCAAAAUAAUUAUAUGGAUAACCUCUCGGUGGAGAAGAUCCCAAGGGAAAUCCUUCUGUUUACAAGGGCUAAAACCAAGUUUUGUACCUGGGGGAAAAAUAAACGUGUAGUUAACAGAUGAUGGAAAAUCUUUAUAGACAGACUCCUAACACCACUAGUACUUCACUGUGUCUAAUUAAAUGAGUUUCCACAGCCUUUCUUGUUGGAUGUAAUUGUCAGGGCGUGGAAGGCUUGCUGCUCUUAGGCCCACUCCACAGUGACAGGUUCACAGGGAAACCCUGUCUGUCAGGCAGCGGGUGUGGCUCUGUCAUCUGGAACAUAGCCCUGGGUUUGCUCCUGCUUGCCAGGUAGCUGAUGAGCUCACCCCAAGGCCCUGGAAAUUCUCAGACAUAGAGAAGAAGCCAGGAACAGAUUAUGAUAACCCAAAGAGACAGUCAUGCUAAAAUAAUAAUUGUGGAUAUAAAUUGUGCUUUUUUGAGGAGUUGGUUCUGUGUUCCUAAACAUUGACUAAUAGUUUGUAGUUUUAACUCAAUUGUUAAUGUAAAAAUAGGCCAGUUACCACCUAGCUUAACAAAUAUUUUUAACCAGAAAGUUACUGAGGUAUUGAGUCUCAGUAUUAAGUACUGCCUC